AUGGCAACAUUAACCAUCAUUCUGCUUGUCAGCACAGCUUUUGCUCUGGGAGAUGCUACGAUACGACCCAUGACCCCCUGUGAGCGUGCUAGAUAUGCUGCGACACAUGGCCCAAUUGGAGCCUACAUCCCCACGUGCGACGCCGCUGGACGAUACACCCCUAAGCAAUGUUCGGGCUCUACAGGCUAUUUCUGGUGUGUGACCACUACUGGACAGAAGAUCCAGGGUACGGACACUCCACCAGGCACUGCUAUCAACUGCUCCAGGCAAAAUGCUACGAUACAACCCAAGACCCCCUGUGAGCGUGCUAGUGAUGCUGCGAUAAAUGGCCCAAUUGGAGCUUACAUCCCAAAGUGUGACGUCGCUGGACAAUACACCCCUAAGCAAUGUUCGGGCUCUACAGGUUACUGUUGGUGUGUGACCAGUACUGGACAGAAGAUUCCGGGCACUGAGACUCUUCCAGGCACUGCUCCAAUCAAAUGUCCAUGCAGCGAUCCUAAGAUCCACAACAUCGUGGAGAGAGCUGUGAGGAGCAUUCUGGGCGAGCAGUCCAAUGAGCCCCGUAGCAACCUGCUCAGCCCAUCUCAGGUGGUGGUGGAGGUGGUGCCCAGGCUCCUCCUAGCCCUGUGGCUUCAGCCAGAGGAAAGCAAUUCAGAGCACCCAAUCCUUAUAAGCUGGAUGGCCGUGGGCAUGGUGGCGGCCAUAGUCGAGAAGCUCUCCUGCAUGUUAAAGGACCCUUCCCCUCACAUCCCUUUCUCCCGGGCUGCUGCUUUUGACUCUGUGUGA